AUGGGCUUUGGCACCUUUGUUCACCACAUCGGCACGGUGCUGCUGCUCGUUGCCACGGCGUUGCUCAUUGUCGUCUCCGUCACGGCACCCGCCGUCAACUCGCUCGCCAUUUUGCGAGUAGAACUUGGGGGUGGCGUUCAAGGGAACGAGGUCACAUUUGGAUCAUUCGGAUACUGCCAUCGUGGCGUCCUGGACACGGACCAAUGCUCCCGCUCUCACAUCGGCUACAACCCGGCCGACGUCAUUUCCGACAUUGACGACACAGACUUUGGCACAGCCGCCGAAAACACAUCCAAGGGCCUCACUCGCGUCAUGAUCCUGCACCCCAUCGCCGCAGCGCUUUGCUUCAUCGCCUUUCUGCUCUGCCUGGGCACGGGCAUCGUCGGCUCCCUGGGCGCCGUCUUUUUUGCCCUCGUGUCCUUCAUCGUCACCAUUGUCGCCAUGGCGUGUGACUUUGCCGCCUUUAGCAUCAUCCGGAGCCACGUCAACGACAACGGCCGCAGCACAGCCCGCUGGGGUUCCGGCAUCUGGUGCAUCCUGGCCGCCGCCAUCUGCACCCUCUUCGCCGCCGCCGUCGUCAUGCUCACCUGCUGCGCCGGCCGAGCCAAGAAGCGCCGCCAGGAAGGUCGAUCCAAGGAGGCUGAUCAUGUCAGCGGAGAAGCCGCCGCUCGGCGACCUUUCUGGAAGCGCGGCUAG